AUGAAGAGGGCGGUGGUGAAGAGGGCGGUGAUGAAGAGGGCGGUGAUGAAGAGGGCGGUGAUGAAGAGGGUGGUGGUGAAGAGGGCGGUGAUGAAGAGGGCGGUGAUGAAGAGGGCGGUGAUGAAGAGGGCGGUGAUGAAGAGGGCGGUGAUGAAGAGGGCGGUGAGGAAAAGGGCGCUGGUGAAGAGGGCGGUGGUGAAGAGGGCGGUGAGGAAGAGGGCGGUGGUGAAGAGGGCGGUGGUGAAGAGGGCGGUGGUGAAGAGGGCGGUGAGGAAGAGGGCGGUGAUGAAGAGGGCGGUGGUGAAGAGGGCGGUGGUGAAGAGGGCGGUGGUGAAGAGGGCGGUGAUGAAGAGGGCGGUGGUGAAGAGGGCGGUGGUGAAGAGGGCGGUGGUGAAGAGGGCGGUGGUGAAGAGGGCGGUGGUGAAGAGGGGUGGAAGAGGGCGGUGA